AUGGGUUUGUUUAGCAGAAAGAAAGUGACCAAUGACGAAGCUGACCGAAAGGAUUUAAGUAUCAGGAAUAGGCCCAAUCAAUUGGGACGACCAACGCCUCAGGCGUCGGUUCCCCCGCGACGGCUGGCACCUCAAGCACCGCUAACUUUGGUUAGUGCCUCUACACCUGGAGGGCAAGCACGGCUGAGCUUUCCAACGCCGGGUGGAGUUAUGAGCCGCCCUGUGGGGAACUACAGCCCAUCAGCGCUGGAUCAUCCCUCAGUGAGCGAUCAUACGUCAAUAAGAAAGGUGACUGCAGUGAGAGAGAAUUCUUCCGUGGCAGAGAAUUCCUGCCUGAGAGAGAAUUCUUCGGUUAAUAAUCGUUUACAGGCGAGAGAUCACUUAAACGGUCUUCUGUCCCGAUCUGUAGACUCAAGCGGCCGUGGGCAGCGGCCGUGCGCAGCGAGUCAAGAGGUACGAUUAACAGGAUCUCAGCCACCCCCAUUGUCCAAUGCUUUGCAAUCGGGGCUGGGGGGACCGCAAGCACCACCGAUUGGUGACGCCAAGUCAGACUUGGGAGUACGAAGUACUCGAAAUCUGUCACCAUCCGCAGAUUUAUCCGUCAAGGACGGGUCAGUGUGUAGGUGGACACCACAACCCCUGGAGGAGGGCAAAAAGGCUUCGUUAGUGAACGCGGAUCAUAUGCCGCACACCGAUCAGUUUACCCGAGGAUAUGUGAACAGGGAGUUGAAGGAUUUCCCAUAUUCUGCAAUGCCAACAUUCCACAUGAAGCAGAGGCGUUUGCGUUCGAUACAAGUUAUAUCUUACACCCACGCGCCGGAAGCCCCGGUUUCGCCGCGGAAGGGGUGUUUGUCUCCCAGGAAGUUUGAGAGAUCCACCUACGACGAAGCCGUGAUGGCUGUGGUGAUAUGUUUGUGCAGUACGAUCUCGGCACAUCUCAUUGUGGGGGACUUGAUUCAACUGGACCAGACACGAUGGGUGCAAGGCUUAGCCAAGUCCGCGGCGGUGUGCUUGGCCGUGUAUACGACUGUGCGUCUAGGGCUGCCUCAGCUGGCAUACAACGUGAUGAAGUUACCUUUCAGACUAUACGGGAUAUGGGCGGGAAGACGUGCUGGAGAUGGUGUGCAGAAGGAAGUGUUUCAUCCUGAGACGGUUCUCACAACUGCAGGUCCUGGAGAGGCGAGUGCUGCUGGAGACGAAUUGACUGACGCUGGCUUUAUGAGCGGGUCGGGUGUCAUGAGUGACGCCGGAUGCUCAGCUCGCGUCAGCUCCAACACCAACGCUGGAACGCGACGGUCUGCCCACUGGUCGACCGUGGAUUUUCGCUAUGAUGCUGGUCCGUCCCCCGCUGAGUGCAGGCAAGGCCUCUUAACUGAGAGUACGAAAGCUUUCUAUGCCUACAGAACCCUGGAUGGGUCUCCUCUUGGCACCAACGACCCGAUUGUCUUCACCAACUCGCUGACUGACUCUCAAGAGAACACUGUCGUUGACCGGCAAAUAUACUUCAAGCGGACGGCUGGGGGGGUCCCCCUGGAAUCUUCCAGAACGUCUCGUAGCAGGCCGGAAAGUGAGCACGAAAUCCCUCUGGAAGGAACCAUAUCCUCCAGUUUACCGUGCAGAGUAGAAGGGCGGAUUCGAGUCACGGAAACACCUCAAGUCUAG